AUGGCGGCGAACUUCAGCAAGCAGGAGGAGGUGAUCUCCCAGGCCAUCGAUCAUGCCUCCUCGGAGAUGCGCGAGCUCAGCUUAAAGAUCCACGAAAACCCAGAGACCUGCUAUCUUGAGGUCCAGGCACACGAUAACAUCGUCAAAUACCUAGAGAGCACUGGUCUGACCGUCACGCCUCAUGCCUUUGGCCUGGAGACGGCCUUUUCCACUGAAUAUGGCCAGGGGGGCCGAGUGGUGACGUUCUGUGUGGAAUACGAUGCCCUGCCCGUUAUCGGCCACGGAUGCGGCCAUAACCUGAUUGCCGUCUCCUCUAUUGCCGCAUUUCUAGGCGCCGUGGCCGCCCUGAAGGCGACUCCCAACCAGCCCGGCCGCCUGCGACUGCUGGGCACUCCAGCAGAGGAAGGAGGCUCCGGAAAGAUCAGGUUGUUGGAGGCAGGCGCCUUUGCCGACGUGGAUGUCUCCCUGAUGAGUCAUCCCACCCCGGCCUUUGCCCAUCUGCCCGCUACAAUGGCCGGUGUGUCGUACGCGACCUGUCUGGCGGCCGUGGGGUUCGAGGCUCAUUUCACCGGCACGCCCGCCCAUGCUGCUCAGAUGCCCUGGGCGGGGGUAAAUGCCAUGGACGCGGCUGCAUUGUCCUAUUCUGCGAUAGGGAUGCUUCGCCAGCAGAUCAAGCCCACAGAGCGCAUCAACAUCAUCGUUCCGGAAGGUGGCACCGCCCAUAACGUGAUCCCUGAGAAGAGCAGGGUCCGCGUCAGCGUGCGAUCCGAGACUGCCCGUGAGAUGAAUGCCCUGCGCACCCGGGUCGAGAACUGCUUCAAUGGAGCGGCCCUUGCCACAGGCUGUUCGGUCAAUUUUGUGGCAGCAAUGGAUCCUUAUGCUGAUAUCCGACCAAAUGAGAGUCUGGCUCAGGAAUUCGCCCGUUAUAUGGGCUCCUGUGGCCGAGAAUAUCUCUGCGACUUGCAAAAUAAGGAUGUCGGUCUUUUCAGCACAGAUAUGGGCAACGUGAGCUACGACGUCCCAUCCCUCCAUGGACAUUUCUUUAUUCCCGCCGAAAAGGGAGUGGCGAUGCACACCGAGGGUUUCCGUGAUGCCGCCAAAACCCCCGAGGCCCAUGAGGUGACGAUGGGAGUGGCCAAGGGGAUGGCCGUCGCAGGGCUGCGGGUCCUGAUCGAUGAUGCAUUUGCGAAGCAAGUCAAGGAGGACUUUGAGCAGGACAAGGCACGCCGAUAG